UCCUCUGCAGUGGUAUCUUGGGGUGGCAGAGUAGCCAUGUACUGGGCUCAAGCCAUCUCCUGUGCUCAGGGGACUGUACCUUGCUUUUCCAGGGGCCCACCUGACUCAGGAGCAAUGCCAAGAGGUGUCUGGGAAGAUCCCCUGUGCGAACGGCCAUGAUCCAGCUGCUUGCGUCCAUGCUGGCUGCUGCUAUGAUGGGACUGACAUGACUACUCCCUGCUACUAUGGCAAUACAGUCACUGUACAGUGCCUUGUGGAUGGUCACUUCGUGCUGGUGGUCUCCAGGGACAUGUCUGACUACCCCAUCGUCCUGGACAGCGUCCGGCUAGCCUACGCCCAGACUGGGUGUGAGCCCAUCAAGAAGACUGAGGCUUUUGUGCUUUUCCGCUUCCUUCUCUCUCAAUGUGGCACCACAGUCCAGGUGGCUAGAGACAAACUGAUCUAUGAGAAUCAGCUGAUCUCUGGCAUUGACAUACGGGCUGGGCCAGAUGGCUCCAUCACCCGGGAUAGCACCUUCAUCCUCCAUGCUCGCUGCAUCUACAAUGCCAGUGACUUCCUGCCACUGCAGGUCCAGGUCUUCCUGCCCCCCUCACCUGUUCCAGUCACCCAGGCAGGACCCCUCCGCCUUGAGCUGCGCAUUGCCGCAGACCUGAGCUACACAUCCUACCUUGAGGAGGGAGACUACCCUGUGCUGAAGGUGCUCAGGGACCCUGUCUCCGUGGAGGUUCGCAUCCUGCAGAGAACAGACCCUGCCUUGGUUCUGGUUCUGCACCAGUGCUGGGCCACCCCUAGUGCGAACCCCCUGGAGCAGCCGCAGUGGCCCAUCCUGGUGGACGGGUGCCCGUUCCUGGGAGACAACUAUAGAACCCAGCUCAUGCCCGUGGGCCCAGCCUCCUCUGAGCUGCCCUUCCCGGUGCACCACCAGCGCUUUGUCCUCUCCACCUUUGCCUUUGUGGACUCUAGCACUCAGAUGAUGAUGGAGGGACUGGUCUACAUCUUCUGCAGUGCCUCCGCCUGCUCCCCAUCCCUGCUGGAGCCCUGCAGGACUGUCUGCCCAUCAGGGGUGACAGCAAGAGGUCGCCGGUUCCUCACUGCCCACAAUGGAACAGAGUCUCUCAAUGUGGUGAGCUCUCCUGGGCCUAUCAUCUUCCAGGACAGUCCAGGAGCACCUAAAGAGCUAGUCCAUGGCAAUGGAGACCAAAGCUCUAGACCAGACCUGUCCCCAGUGCUCCUGGCUGGGCUCUCAUUGAUGGCUGUGGCCUCCAUCCUCACAGCUGUGCUCAUCCUCUGGAGGAGGAAAGGCUGGAAGAUCAGCUCUCCCAAUCCUGAUGAAGGAACAUUGUAGCAAAAACCAAUAAA